CAUAAGCCAUGCUGUGGCUGAUAAACUGUAACAGUUAUAAUUAAGGUUUCGGGAUGGUGCCGAGCUGGUCCCCAGCACAAGUAGAAAGUUAUCCUCGCCGUCCUCGUCGACUUCAAGAAUGGGCUCCAACAAACCUCGUGGACUUCAAGCCGCUCGUAAGCUUCGCAAUGACCGCCGUGUAAACCGAUGGGCGGAUAAGGCGUAUAAGAAGCGCGCCCUCGGUAACGUUUACAAAACCUCCCCUACUGGAGGAUCAUCACACGCAAAGGGCAUCGUCCUCGAGAAAGUCGGUGUCGAGGCCAAACAACCCAACUCUGCCAUCCGUAAAUGUGUCCGUGUACAACUUAUCAAGAACGGUAAAAAGGUCACGGCUUUCGUGCCUAAUGAUGGUUGUUUGAACUUCGUUGAUGAGAACGAUGAAGUUCUCAUCUCUGGUUUCGGUCGUAGUGGCAAGGCCAAAGGUGAUAUUCCUGGUGUGCGCUUCAAAGUAGUGAAGGUCUCAGGGGUCGGUCUUCUCGCUUUGUGGAAAGAGAAGAAGGAAAAACCCCGGUCAUAAGCGCCAUUCACUUGUCACUGUCAUCUCAUGUUAUCGCAUUACCUAUGAUUAUGCCUGUGCCGCACAUGCCGCACACCAAUGAAAAGUUGAAACCACCAUGCCAUAGGAUGACGCCGCGAUUUUCUUGUCUCGUAAUCUACCAAACACGUCGUUGGGCAAUAUUCUAUGGCAGGCUGUCGUCAUCAUUCGCCUGAUAUCCAAA